CUGCCCCGCGGCGCGUUCGCGGACAGUCCGCGCGCGGGCCCGGCCGGGCCGGCGCCCCCCUACGUCUCGCCCCCUCGCGCCGCCCCGGGUCCCCGGGGAUGCCCCCAGCCGGGCCCCUCCAUGGCCGCCGACGUCUUCAUGUGCUCCCCACGCCGGCCUGGCGGCCGGGGCCGCGCGGCUCUGCUCAAGCCCCCGGUGCCCGAGGACGACGACGAUUCGGACCCGGAUGAGCCGUCGCCGCCGCCCGCCUGCGGCACGGCCGCCCCGGUACGGGCCCCCGCGAACGCCGUGCCGCCGCCGCCGCCCCGGGCUGGGCCGGGCCGCGAAGAGCCCCCGCGCCGCCAGCAGAUCAUCCAUAGCGGCCACUUCAUGGUGUCGUCGCCGCACCGAGAGCACCCGCCCAAGAAAGGCUACGAUUUUGACACGGUCAACAAGCAGACGUGCCAGACGUACAGCUUCGGCAAGACCAGCUCCUGCCACCUGUCCAUCGACGCCUCGCUCACCAAGCUGUUCGAGUGCAUGACCCUGGCCUACAGUGGGAAGUUGGUGUCUCCAAAGUGGAAGAAUUUCAAGGGCCUGAAGCUCCAGUGGAGAGACAAGAUCCGGCUCAAUAACGCCAUCUGGCGGGCAUGGUAUAUGCAGUACUUGGAGAAGCGCAAGAAUCCGGUGUGCCACUUCGUCACCCCCCUGGAUGGCUCUGUUGAAGUAGAUGAACAUCGGAGGCCAGAGGCUAUCACCACAGAAGGGAAGUACUGGAAAAGCCGCAUUGAGAUUGUGAUCCGGGAGUAUCACAAGUGGAGAACCUACUUCAAGAAAAGGCUACAACAGCACAAGGAUGAGGACCUCUCCAGCCUGGCUCAGGAUGAUGACAUGUUUUGUUGGCACAAACAUGGGGAUGGAUGGAAGACCCCAGUUCCCAUGGAGGAGGACACACUGCUGGGCACAGACCUGCUCAUGUCAGAAUUCAGUGACACCCUUUUCUCCACACUCUCCUCCCACCAGCCAGUGGCCUGGCCCAACCCGCGGGAGAUAGCACAUCUGGGAAAUGCAGACAUGAUUCAACCAGGGCUGAUUCCUUUGCAGCCCAACCUGGACUUCAUGGACACUUUUGAACCUUUCCAGGACCUCUUCUCUUCCAGCCGCUCCAUUUUUGGCUCCAUGCUGCCUACACCCACCUCAGCACCUGCACCCGAUCCCAACAACUCACCUGCUCAGGAGAGCAUCCUGCCAACCACUGCUCUCCCCACCGUGAGCCUCCCUGACAGCCUCAUUGUACCCCCUGCAGCUACCACUCUGGACCCCAUGGAUCGGCAGGGCUGUGAACGCACCUCCCGGCCUGGGGAUCCCUUUAUCCAGCCCACAGACUUCGGUGCCUCUGUGCCACCGCCUCUUGGCGUUGCACAGCCUUUCCUGCCCAUGUUCCCUGUGCCCUUGCUCUCUCCCAGCCCAACCGCGGCACCUGCUUCCCCUGCCUUGCCGUUAGCCCCUCCUCCUUCCACUGCCUUGAGCCCCCCAACUCCACGCGCCUUCCUGCAGCCACAGAAGUUUGCUGGAGUCGGCAAGUCACCGAGUGUCAUCACCCACACAGCCUCUGCCACCCUCACUCACGACGCCUCUGCCACCACCUUCAGCCAGAGCCAGGGCCUUGUUAUCACAACCCACCACCCCACCCCUGCAAUGUCCCCCUGUGGCCUGGCGCUGUCUCCAGUCCCCCAGCCGCCUACCAUUGGGCCUCCGCAACCCUGUUUAACUUUCAUGCACCCCAAACCUGUGUCCCUGACUGGGGGGAGGCCCAAGCAGCCCCCCAAAAUAGUGCCUGCUCCCAAACCAGAGUCUGUGUCCUUGGUGCUGAAGAACACUUGCAUCGCCCCAGCUGCCUUUUCAGGACAGCCGCAAGCAGUGAUUAUGACGUCGGGCCCCCUGAAGAGAGAAGGGAUGUUGGCUUCCACUGUGUCCCAGUCCAGUGUGGUCAUCACGCCUGCUUCCAUCGCCAGGGCUCCUGGAGUUACAGAGUUCCACAGUGGCUUCCUGGUAACAGACCUGGGCCACCCCACAGGCAGCCAGCCUGCCCCCAUCUCCACGCUCUUCUCUCCAGGCACCGCACAAGACUCCUUGGUGAAGGGCGAUCAGGCCCCUGCCACAGGUUCCAGUCGAGAGUGCCCGAAUUCAGGGCAGGCCUCUCCAUGUGCCUCGGAGCACAGCCCCAGUCCUCAGUCUCCCCAGAACAACUGCUCAGGGAAAUCUGCAGACCCCAAAAACGUAACUGCAUUAAAGAACCGGCAGAUGAAGCACAUUUCAGCCGAGCAGAAAAGACGCUUCAACAUCAAGAUGAGCUUUGACACCCUGAACAGUUUGGUCUCUAAUAACUCCAAGCUGACCAGCCAUGCCAUCACACUGCAGAAGGCCGUGGAGCACAUCACCAAGCUGCAGCAGGAGCGGAGCCAGACGCAGGAGGAAGCCCGGCGGCUCAGGGAGGAGAUCGAGGAGCUCAAUGCCGCCAUCAUAUCCUGCCAGCAGCUGCUCCCCGCCACGGGGGUCCCUGUCAGCCGGCACCAGUUCGAUCACAUGAGAGACAUGUUUGAUGAAUACGUGAAAAGCCGGACUCUGCAGAAUUGGAAGUUCUGGAUUUUCAGCAUUAUCAUCAAGCCCCUGUUUGAGUCCUUCAAGGGGAUGGUGUCCAGCAGCAGCCUGGAAGAGCUGCACCGCACGGCGCUGUCCUGGCUGGACCAGCACUGCUCCCUCCCCGUCCUCAGGCCAACUGCGCUGAACACCCUCCGGCACCUGAGCACCACCACCUCCAUUCUGACGGACCCAUCCCAGCUGCCAGAGCAGGCGGCCGCGGCUGUCACCAGAAUUGGCAAGAGAUCUGGGGAGUCUUAGCAGCCAAGAUGCCAUGGAGACGCUUCCUGCCUGCAGAGAGGAGGCUGUGCCCCACCCUCUCCUGACACAGAGCUGCAGGUGCCCAACUCUGCUGGCCCACUGGACAGCUCAGAGCACCAAGCUCAGGUCUGAAGCAAGUUCAGGUCCUGCCAGCAGCAAUAGCCCAUCUUUGGGAACCCCUUGCUGUGAACUCUCACUCAGCCGACCUCAGUCACCACCUCCCCUGCCCUCAGGGCAGCCUAGAUAAGGGGAACCCCGCCUACUAGAGUCCUGUCCUGCUGGCAAUCUGUCUAUCUGGUGCCAGUGCAGGAGUACAUAAGACAGGAGGAGGUACCUGGCCUCCCUGAGUCAGCAAACAUAGGGCCUGCUGGGUCCUGUCACUUCCUGGGCACUGUGCUGCUCUGAACGGCUCCCUGCGCCCACUCUGAGCGCUGGUGGAGCAGCUGGAAGGCUUCUUUCUCCCUCCCACUCUGACCUUGUAGAUGGAUUUAGACAGCCACUCAGGCUUCCGCAUAGCAGGCUGCCUUUUGCCACUUGGGGUGCCCUGGGGCCCAGCAUGUGUGCAAAGGUGGUGGCUGGGAGUGCAUGUGGGACAACAAGGAAAGCACGGACAGUGCACAGCUGCUGCUCCGGCUCUGAAUCCUCCUGGGCGGUGUCCUCACCUGUUGUGAUUUAGCUCCACUUGGUGUCGCAGCAUUCGCAGCAUCGCUGAUUGAGAAGUGGUGGCACUCAUCAGGCGUCACCUCCCAGCGCGGCUCCCUGCCCUCGUUCUCCACCUGCUUUCGAGCUGCAGCCUCGGGUGAGCCAGUGGUGUUGAGGGACACUCACGGCCCUCCUGGUGCAGCACUGGACAGGACAGGCUCCACGGCACUGUCGUCUGCCUGGCCAUCUGAUCUGGAACGUUGACCGGGAGCCCCAAACCAUAACAGUUCUCGGACCAAAGACGUCACCAUGCCCAAAGUCUGUCCUGUCCUGUUUUUGGAGGAAGAAAUCUAACAGAAUGUGAGACGCAGGACUGUGAGGUGGCCAGCCUCAGAGCUGUCUCUAGGAGCCUCCCAGACAGUAAAGAAUUGCACACUCAGAUUUGAUCAAGGUGGAGGACUGCUGGGGGCCAUGGGCUGUUUCCGCAUGUGGGAAGAGCAGCUGGUAGGGUGUGGAGGGGGCGCAGUAGGAGAGCAGGUCCCAGAUGCCUCUUGGUGUCUCUGCAGGAGAGACAGGGAAGCCCUCUGUCUAGCACUCAGGAAGCUCUGCCGAGGCGGUUCCUCCUUGAAAGAAUGUGCUUUUAACGUCCUGCCUGAAGUUCCACUCGGCCUCUGUACUCCAUACCAGGGGUGGGGACCAGGUUGGCCAGAGGCCCAGGGCAGGGCUAUGAGGGACUCCCUGGCUACCUCCCAAAGUCGGGUGCAUUCGGAGGCCCUGGCCAGUCGCCUGCUGUCUCGUCUGUGCCUCAGCCCCACACAGCGAGGUGGCUCCUUUCAGCCUCCCCAGAAAAUGUGUUUACAGGCCUUCGGUUACUUCCCAGGGGGGCGAGCACAAGACGAGGCUGGGCUGGUCCUCAGUUUCCACUAAGAGAGCUCAGCCUUCACCCAGGACAAACGUGAGGUUGCCCUUCAGGAGGGGAAGACCAUUGUGGUAAGAACUCACCAGGGUGAAAAGGAAAAAAGGAGAAACAAAAACCGUUCCCCUCCUAGCUGCAAGGGCACGGCUCCCCCAGUCCCUGUGCCUUCUGAGCUGCAUGGAUGGGGUGGCUGGGCCUGGCCAGCCAAGACCUCUCAGUAGCUUUCUCCCCAUCCCUUGCUGGGAGUCUCUUUUUUUAAAAGAAGUCUGUGGGAUAUAAAAUUGGCUUUUUACUUCUUCAGCCUACCUCUCCUGUCCCCUUUCCUGAGUUAAUGUUCAUGACUGUGUUUGUUGUGUGUGUGUGUGUGUGAGAGAGAGAGAGAGAGAGAGAGAAUGUCCCCUAGCAGACUGUUCACUAAGUGCAUGUUUUGUUUUGAGAUACUUACGCCAUUUCUCUUGGUGCUCACAUUCACCACUGCUGCAGGGCUGCAGCUCUGUAUCUCUUACCACAGACACGAUUGCUUCUUGUCCCAGAAUUUUACUUGUUUUGGAAUCUUGCCCAAUGAAUUGACUAGGCAGAGGGUCUCGGUGUCCGCCUCUGUCCUGGGGUCCCGUCUAGUCUGCUGGGGCCUCUAGUGGACACUGACCCCAGGGCUGUGGGGUGUUUACGCAUUGUCACCCCCACUCCUAUAAAAGAGACUUAAAAAUGCUGACAAUUUGGAAAAAAAAAUUAAUCUGAAAAGGAGAGAAAGCCCAUCUAGAGGCACAUAAUUCUCUGAAAGUAUUCCUAUGAAAUCUUUCGGGGCCGUCAGCUCCCUUCACGCUGUUGCCCACGCUUUCACGAGUGCCCCUGUGGGCUGAGAGGCGGCCGGCUUACCCCUCCCGUCUCAGGCCGUCACCCCUGAGUAGGGCUCCAAGCCUGGGGCAGACUGGCUACUUGCCGGUGGUUUUUCUUGCAUGAGGGAAGCCACCCCACUGUCAGCAGUUAAUGUUGAGAGUCCUGGCUCUUGUCAAGGAGGGGGACACGUGGGCAGUGGGAUCCCCAGUGCUGCCCUGUUCUGUGGGCGGGGGAGUCAGUGGUCACCCCUGCGUCCCUGGGCGCCUGACUUCCUCUGCUUCCUGUCUUUGUGACCUGACUCCGCUUUCCCUUUCUAGAGGUCAGGUCUGAAUGGAUUUUUUGCUGUGGCCAAUAAAAAUACAAACAUACUCCUAAGAGACAUGGCCCAGGAUGGUGCCCACUCGCUUUGUCCCACCCCAGUUGAAGGGGUGCAGUGGCUAGUGAUGUCAGUGCCUGACACUGGCAGACCCCCCCUCCGGACGGCGUCACACUAUGCCGGCCUCCCAGGGUGGACCUCUUGGGGUGGGGGAGCCUCCCUCCUGCAGGAGGUCCUGGCUUUCCUCCUAGAUGAGUCCCUAGGCAGCAGGGCAGUGGUCGUUCCCCAGAUCACAGGCCAUCAUUGCCUGGCUGAACAGCAGCUGGUCAGCAGUCCCUUCCCUCCUGUGGCCACUAGGUCCUCAGUGGUCUCUGUCCUGCCGCGCAAGCCCUGAGAAGCCUCAUGUAAGUCGGGCUGCUCUGCUUGCUCCGGUGGGAAGAACUGCCUUCAGACUCCCUUCUUCCUAUUGAGCAUUUUGCUGAAGGUGAAACCUGCCACCAGAAUUGAAAACACUUGCCAAAACUGAGGUUUAUACAGUGCCUCGUGAACGAAGUUGGGAGCGUGCUGAUGCGGGCAGCGUGGGAGCCACUAGUGGUUUGGGCUUGGUGCCCUGAUGCCUGCCUUGUAUCCUGACAAAGGUUUUCACCACAUCUGCAUGGGGAGAAGGGGCGGCGGGAAUAGGCAGGAGGAUGGGAGCUCCACUCAGAGGUUGCUUGGUCUUGAUCCGCUCCGCAGUUUUGUGAUCAGAGGGGCCCCAGGAGCAGGGAGAAGCUUUAGGACCUCCGAGUGCCUCCAUACGGCAACUGCCCCAUCCUCCCUGCUGAGGCCUUGGCUUCCCCAACUCAUGGCCUGCGGGCUCUUUCCUUGUCGUGGCUUGCAAAAAGCAGCCUUUGAUAGAAAAGGGAACUUUUCACAUUGAAUGUUGGUUUUGACUGUGUGUGCAUGUGUUUACUCAAUGGAGCUUUAUUUUUGUGAAAUUCCUUUCCAAUUAUGUAGCAAAAUUCACCUCCAUUUCCCAGUCAAACUUGGUUCCACAGUCUGCCCUGGGUGUCACUGAUUUGAAGAAUUCUUUCCUGGGUUUCUGAACAGAGAUGUGAUGCUCCCAAGAGUUGAGCUUGCAGAGAAAGGAGUUGAAUUUUGGAGACACCCAAGUUUUCUACUUUUUCAGAGUUCACAUCCUGCUGUUAGAAAGUAUGAAAGGCUCAGCCCUGGGAAACAGGAUGCCCAGGCUGUGUUUCCGGAGAGGGAGCUGGCCUGCAGCCUUUCCAGGCUAUGCCCUGCCCCUUAUGUAUCGGAAUCUGCACCCCCGCUGGAAGGAAACCGUAUUCAUUUGCUCAUUUUGUAACAGCCGCCGAGCCAGCAUGUUCUCUUCCUUUUUCAGGUUUUGGUUCAUUGUGUAAAUGGUUCAUUUUUCUGCUGUGAGCUUCAGUGAUUGUGUCAGGGCUCCUUUAGGAGGCAGUUGCCACUUGUGGUCUGAACAACAAAACCCAGGAAGUUUUGUUGUCAGAGGCUCCCUCAGGCUUGCGCCACCCAGAACACAGCCCGUAUACCCCACCCUUCUUCAGAUGCACGUUUCCACCAGCUGUGUUCAACACUACAAUGCAGUUUUCAAACUAUAUUUGCAUCCAAAACAAUAAAAGCUGUAUUUUUUGAAAAGCC